CCUCCUGCACAGAGUUCGGGUCAGCCACAGGGUCAGGGUCAGUCUCAAGGGCCCAGGCCACAGUUCACCCCUAGGAGAGGUCAGUCCACACCAUCAGUGGGCAGCUCUCCAGGGAUGGGGUUCAGGGGACCAGCCCCAGCAUCUUCUGCGUGUCCACACUGUCAGAAAUGGCACAAGGGGGAAUGUUGGAGAGUGACUGGUGCUUGCUUGAGAUGUGGGUCGGCAGAACAUCAACUGAGGAACUGCCCACGCAGAACUACUACAGCUGCUCCGACACAAGCAGACAGACCUGCUCCUGCACCACCAAGGGGUAGAAGGUCUGGUAAAUCCGAAGCUGUGGGACCAUCUCAGAGGCCUACAUCUGAGCCAGCAGAGAGGCCAGAUAACAGACCACCUGCCAGAAAUUAUGCCUUGAGAGCUCAGGAGGAACAAGAUGCCCCGGACGUCAUCAGGGGUACUGGAGAUCCCGAUCAUAUAAAGUUGAAAAGGAUUAGUAUGCCUAAAUGA